CUAACCCAAAAAAAAAAAAAGAAGAAAAGAAAAAAGCAUAGAAGAAUUAGGAGAGAGGCGGAUCAGACGCCCAUCGCCUCAACCACCUCUGUAGAGUUUCGCGCCUCUCCUUUUUCUAUCUAAAUCCAAAGAAGAACAGGAAGAUAACCAUGUUGUGAAACGAAAAAGCAUUAAUUUCUGCUGUUGUAAAUGAAUAGCUCCGAAGCCUCCGAUCAAAAAAUCUGCUGAUGAAUGACGACCCCAUUCUUCACUGUGAUUCGGAAAGGACCACUGUUACAAUUAUGUUGGGUGUCUAAAUAGUCUGAAUUUUGUUUUGGGUUCUCAACCAAAAGGAGAAAGGAUUUCGAUUUGCAUUGCUGUAAUUCCUUUUUCAUGGGCAACAAUAUGAGGGAAGAGAUAAUGGAUCUUGAUUUGAACCAAGAACCUUUGGAUGAACCCCGCGGUUCAGCACUAGGAUUAGACUCUAUAGUCAAUGAACUAGAAACGGCCCAUGAACGCAUUGAAGAACGUAUCAGACAGCUUGAAGCAGUCACCGCUAGAGCUAGGCACCGUCAAAGAUGGAGACAGGGUGAAGCUCCCCCUCAAACAGAUAGCUCUGCAGAAGCUAUGGUUCAACAUGCAAGUAGGCUGCAUAAUGCAGGUGUUGGUAAUGCUGUCCAGGAAAGAAGAUUUGGCAGUGGCAAAACUAGUAAGACAGGCAGUAUGUUUUUGAUAGCUAAAGCACUGGGGAUGGAUACGGAUGCUGAGAAGGCAGGAAGUGGCAGUGGGGGUUUUUUUGAUUGUAAUAUAUGCUUGGAAAUGGCAAGAGAUCCUAUAGUGACCUGUUGUGGUCACUUGUUUUGUUGGCCAUGCUUUUAUCAAUUGUCAUAUGUUGAUUCCAAUGCAAAGGAAUGCCCGGUGUGUAGGGGAGAGGUAACUGAUACAAGCAUCAUUCCAGUAUAUGGCAAUGGAAGUGGUGACAGCCCCCGCAAGUCAGAGUUAAAAGAGAUUGGGUUGAAGGUUCCCCCUCGGCCUCAUGCACACAGGGUUGAGAGUAUGAGGCAGCAGUGUAGGGGUCAAGGAGUAUCUUCUUCUGUUGAGGAAAGAAUUCACAGCAUUGUUGGCAUCAUGGGAGAGCGAGUGCAGGCACAAGAUCUUGAUCGUCCACGCAUAAUGGGUGAAAGAACUAAUUUCUCAGCCAAUCGAUAUCGAACAUCCCGGGUAUUGCCUACCACAGAGACUGAGAGCAGCCAGCGGCAUCGUUCCCUUCAAGUUUCAAGAUUAUUACUGCAAGGAGCUGCUUCGUUUUCUUCACUUUCAUCUGCAUUAAAUACUGCGAUGGAUUCUGCAGAAAGAUUAGUCGAGGACCUUGAGGCAUAUAUUCAUAGUCGCCAUAUGAGAGGAAGCCACGAACAAGCUCCAAGUGUUGAUAAUAGAGAUUCAUUCUCAAGCAUUUCUGCUGUUAUCCAACCUGAAAUCCAGAGUCCAGAUACUGCUGCUGAAAUCAAUUCUAUAGUUUCCCCUUCUUUUUCAUCUUUCAGGACUGAUAUUGAUGCUCCUGCUGUAAACUUGGAAAACCAGACCACGGAUAACGCCAUAGAAAUUAAUUUAUCACCUUCUCCUUCAUCAUCUAGGACAAGAACUGAUGUUACUAGAGUUUUAGAUUUGGAGAAUGGAGUUUCGCAUGAAGCCAGAAGGAGAAGGUUUAGAUGAUAUAGCAUUUUCCCAGAAGGAAUAGAUGAAAUUAAUAUGAGGUUUCUUCCUAAAUACCCUAAUAUAGUUGUGAUUAAUGAAAUGUUUGUGUUUCGUUCUUUUUGAAUAAAUAUGCGUGCCAAAUUCAUGUAUUCA